UGCUGCUUAUCUAUGGUGGAGAGCCCAACUGGCUAAGGCCGUAAUGGCUGCUGAUUAUUCAGCAAACGAGGGAAGUUUGCAAUCGAAAAAUGAAAGUUUGUCCUCUGAAUAUAAGAAAGGUGCGGUCCAAGAGGUAAGCAUAGGUCAAGUGUGCAACAGCAGAGCCUUUAAUGCUGAAACCAGCGGUGGAGAACUGGAAUUGAGUCCCAGUGGCCCUGUAUUGAAAACCCUGGACCACGCCGAAGUUGUUGUAACCAAUUCUGUAGUUCCACGCGUAAACAUUAAAGUAGAACAAGCGGAGGAAGACGAAUAUGCAGCUGUACAUUUUGUCGAGAUCGGGGAAGGAGAUUUGGGGGACAAGACAACCAGUCUAGGAGACUCGUCUGAGAGAGAUGCAAGUGCCGAUGGAGAUUUGCCAUUUCGCUGUGAGGAUUGCAGUGACACCUUUGGAGACAAGGAGGUUUACCUAGAGCAUUGUAGCAAGCAUAUCCAUGAUGGUCCCAUAGUCUGCCUGGACACGGAUUCACAGUGGGAUGACCUGCUUGUGUCAACAGAUAGAGGCCAAAAAACGUUGUUCUGUGCUCUGUGCGGAGAAAUGUUUUCAAGCUCAAAAGAGUUUUUUGCCCAUCAACUUAAGCAUCGUAAUCAAGUAAUUAAACAUGGGACAAAUGCUGGCUUUGAGCAGGGUGUGAUAAGACAGAAGCUUUUUGAGUGCAAGGAUUGUGGUAAAGCUUUUGCCUCUGUUGGUCAGUGUCUCAACCAUCAGCGUUCUCAUAAACUGGCCUCAAAGUCCGUUUUUCAUCAGCUUGACCAUCUAAAGAAAAAAUCAUUUCAGUGCCCCAUCUGUGGACGCUGUUACUCUCGGGCUUCAGCUCUUGACGCACACCGCCGUUGCCAUGAGAUAAAGCUGGUAAAAUCCAAAACCUGUGAAACUGAGAAGCCUCCAACACUUAAUGAUGCUCCAGGUCCAACUGAAGACAAUGGCUCAAGCUGUGAACAGAUUGAGGAUCAUCAGCAAAAGGUUGUUCAGUGCUUUUGUGGAAAAUCUUUUCGCAACAUGUCUGGCCUUUCGACACACAAGAGAUUCUCAACCAGCUGUUCAGAAGGGAAGGUGAAGGAGGAAAUUAAACAUCCAUUUGAGUGCUCUGAAUGUGGGAAGACCUUUGCUAGCUCUAUGGCUCUGUUGUGCCAUCAGCGUUGGCAUAAAAGACGAGAACAGGUCUCCAGUGGCCAGCCAUAUAAAUGUAAAGAGUGCGGCAAGGGGUUUACCUUAUUCACAUUCUACAAUAAGCACCAGCGAUUAGCUCACAGCAAAGAGCUGCCAGCCAAAUCAUUCCUUAAUGAAGUUUAUCAGCUGAAGAAGAAGGCUUUUGAAUGUCAGGAUUGUGGUCGUCGGUUUUCACGAGCAUCCGCUCUGCAAUCACAUCAGCUCUACCAUACGGAUGUCUUCCGCGACAUCAUGGAGAAGGACUCUAAAACAAGUGCUGCAAUGCAAACAGUAAAAAAAUACGGGAAUGCCAGAGAAAUGAAUGACGAUGUUGCUUUUGUGCCAACAACGUACUCUCAGAAGAUCUCACACACUCAAGUUCAAGAGAGAGAUUUUAUCUACAGUGACACACUCAACACAGCAAAAGAGCCAGAGGUAAUAGAUAUAGAUUAUGAAGUUGUCCGCAUCACAGGAUCUGAUGAUUACGAGAACAGUAGUGGUCUCCCGCAGGGUCAAAAUCCUGAUCUUGAGUUAGUGUGUGAAUCAGACCAAGAGGAAAAAGAUGACUUCGACUACAGCUCGAGUCUGACAGCUGAAUCCACCUCCUCCCUGCAUGUGAAUCCAGAGAUUGAUGUCAAAAUUGUACAGAUCGAUUAUGAGCAUUUAAAUGAUGAAGGAUUAAUAAAUGACAAAACAAUGAGCAAAAGCCAUCCUGAAAAGCCUGUUAAAUAUAAUUGUUCACAUUGUGAUCAAACGUUUGUCACUGCUUUAUCCUUGCGUCACCACAUGCGUUGGCACAGAGAAGAAAUGGAGAAAAAAUCAGACAAGAGGCAGAAGUGUCAUGGAUUGACACCAACUAAAAAUGCACUUAUAGAAUGUGAGGUUUGUGGCCAUGAAAGUGCUUCCAAGAGUGCUCAUUACUUUCAUAUGCAAAAACAUGACGACAAAGUACCUUACAAGUCUAUUUCGUACCAGGUUGCAAAUUUGCAGAAGAACAAUAUUAAAUGCGAGGAGUGUGGAAUGUGUUUUUCACGACUCUCUGCAUUACAUUCUCACCAACAGCAUCACUCAAAAAAGCCAUUCAUGUGCUUACAGUGUGACAGGAGUUAUACAAAUGCAAGAAGUCUGUACUACCAUCGGAAAGUUUGCAAUGGCAGGAGAGUCAGCAAUAACAAUGACAAAGAUAAAAAGGCAAAGCAUUUCAAUCCAACCAAGUCACUUUUGGGCCCAAAGGUUCAUCAUUGUAAAAAAUGUGGUAAAGGUUUUUGGUCUUUGGGUGCUUUCUAUCAUCACAAGCAAAACCAUUCGCAGUGCGCAAAUGUCAAGACUGCAAGGCCUGUUGAUACAUCAGACCCUGAGAAUGGUCAUGUGCGACGUAAGAAAAGGGGUCGAAGGGGUGGUCAGAAAAAAGAACAUCCUAUGUUCAGAACACCCUCGGAUUCAAAAAAGAAACAUAAAUGUGAGGUAUGUGGCAAAUCGUAUCACAUGCUAGCUUGUUUUCUUAAACACCAGCUUUCCCAUAAUCGCCAACCCCCUGUCAAAUCUUUUGACCAUCAAGUUGAACAGUUGAAAAAGAACUCUUACCAAUGUCCAUACUGUGGAAAAGUUUUCUCACGUGCAAUGGCCCUUCAGUUUCACAUGAAAAGUCAUGGCUUUGAGACUGGCCUCCCUGUGACAGAAUUUUCUUAUUUGCCACUAAGUUUUGAGGGGCCUCAAUGCCCGACAUGCCAGGCUGAUUUCGCAUGUGAGUCAGAGCUACAAAAUCAUAUGAAGCACUGUUCAAAACCAAGGGACAAAGUGGAAUAUCCACCAAAAUGUAAGAAAAUGGUUAUAAAGGAGCAAGAUGCAUCCUCCCAUGACAUUGAAGAUGUACUGAUAUGUGAAACUUCUCAUUCAACAGGGUCUACAAAUAAACAGAAACCAUGUUUAGCUUCUGAUUUAAAAUACAAAUGUCAGGAAUGUAGCAGAAGUUUCUCAGUAAUUGGGGCUCUUAAUUUUCAUAAGAGAAUUCAUCGCAUAGGUUAUGUAUCUAAAAGAAAGUUGAGAGCUGAACAGGCAAAGCGGCCCAAGGUUGCCAAAAUAAAGGUAGAAAAGCAUUUGGCAAGAACUCCUUUCAUGUGUACAGAAUGCGGAAGAUAUUUUACCUCAAAUUCAGGACUUGGCACACAUAGGCGAUGGCACAGGGACAAAAUAUUUGCCAGAUUUUUGUCAAAGAGCUAUAAGAAAUGCUCAAGAACUGUUAAAAGUGUGGAUGGUGGACCUUAUUUAUGCAAUUUAUGCGGGAAAGGAUUCUUCUACCUUUGUGUUCUUCGCCGGCAUCAGAAACAUCAUCCCCUCAUAAAGGAUCAACCCCAAAAAGAAAAAGAAGCUGAAACUGCUGAAUCAAAUGGCAGUUUUACCUGUCCACAAUGUCAAAUGUCUUUCCCAAGUGGGUCUCUUCUAACAACACACUUUGAAAACCGUCAUAGCAAGCCUGCAAAGACCGAGAAACCACAGUCAGAUAUCCUACCUUCUGAGGAGUCCAGUCCACCCAUCACACAAUCUAACACACCUACCAAACAAGAGAAGACCAAUGCGCAAUAUCAUCAGUGCUCUUACUGUGCUAAGAGAUUCUUGAAUGCACGUGGUCUUCGUGCACACAAAUGGCAGAAACACCUCAGUGUUGAAAGACAGCCCACUGCAUCUCUUGAAGAGCACCCAAAUGUUGUCAAUUGCUCUGCAUGUUAUAAGCCCUUUGCUUCAGAAUGGGCUGUUCAAAAUCAUAAAAUGUUUUGCAGGGCCAAUAAUGCAGACCUGAAGCCAUUUAUGGAAGAGGAACCUGCACAGAACAGUCGAAAUGUAGAACUCUCAACCAAAUGUAUUUUCAAAUGUGAUAAAUGUGCUAAAGCUUUUCCCAGUGAGGAGAAGUUAAAUGCACAUAAAGAAGUUGCAAAAACCCGACCACACUGUUGUGCUCUUUGCUGCCAUGGAUACUGGACUGAAAGCCAGCUGCAGCAGCAUCUUGCAUGGCACAAUGAAGUACGUCGCCAUCUACCAGCUGAACUGCAAUACAGACUCAAUGCUUCCAUGGCACCUGGGUCCUCAGACAAACUCCAGGCUUCAUUGCACAUAUCCACAUAUAUUGUCAAGCAGACUGUAGCCCUCUCAAAUCCACAACCUAACAGUCAUAAAUGUCAUCAUUGUGAUAAAACUUUCUUGUCACAACAAGCGUUUCAUCAGCACCAAGUUGUUCACCAAACUGAGGAAUCGGACCAUUGUUCUCUGUUUCCACAGAUACAAAGUGACGUCAGAGAUCUUAAUGACCACCAUCAGGAGGGCUUGAGUGAUAAAGAGGUAAAGGGAAGUAAAUUGGUUCCCCAGGGAAGCGGUGCUGUAAACCUGACUUGCAUUGAGUGUGGAAUUUCCUUUAAACAGGAAAUGGAACUACAUCAACAUUACAUUAAACAUGCACGUGGAGAGUUCUAAAACUUGGAUGUUUGUGGAAAAAUAUAUAAAAAAGCUAAUGAUAACGGAUAUUUUUCUGGCUCAUGGUCUUCUGUAUAUGACACCGAUUUAUUUUAGCACUCUCUAAAAGAGUUUUGUUUACUGCUGUAAAUGAGGACAGGUGCAGUCCAUAUAUGUCCUUUAAACAAUGUGUUGUAACUACAUAAAUGCUGUAAAUUAGUGUUAUUACCUUUUAAAUCUCUGCAAUGCAACUGCCACACUUGAACCAAUGCUGGUCUCACUGCCAAUACUUACAACUUCACAUUUGUUUUAUUUAGACACUUUUUUGUCCUUGUUUUUACAAAGGUUUUUUUUUAUUAUUAUUAUUAUUAUCAGAUUUAUUUUCCCUCUUUGUUGGAGUCUUCAUUUGAAAGUUUCUCUAUUACUUUCUUGUCGCCUUGUACUUUGAAAGAGGUAAUUUAAGAUUAAACUGCCAAGGUGUUUGUUAGAUAUUCGUUUUAGAUGUAAUCAAAAUUUGUUGGAUGAGUAGACUUUUUUUUCACAAACAUAACCUAACUGAGUCUUAUGUUUGGUCAUGCUAGAGAUAGAUUUGCGAUUGUACUGCGUGUCUUUUUAAUUGGUUAGACCUAUACCGAAACAAUUGGACAGAUUCUGACCUUUUUCCAUGUUAAAAACAUUGCAACAUUAUGCUUUGUCCUGUACAACAUAUUAGUUACCAUGUUUCUCAUCUUUCCAGAUUUCAAAAGACAUGUUUAAUGUUUCUCUUGAAAAUGUGACUGUUGAGAUUUGUUUUUCCUUGGUAGAUAUAAUGCUGAUUCGACCCCUUCAAAGUCAUAUAAUGUAAUUUUAAGAAUGUAUGGGUAAACUUCAACUUGGUCACCAGUGAUAUUGAAUUAAACAUAAUGUUGUUAUUCCAUUCCAUUUUGUCUGGCCUUGGAUGCGUGGUCAGUGAAAGGUUUGUAGUUGGCUUGGUAUUUAAAGACUGCUUUAAUUUCCUUAGAAAUUUGAUUCAAUUUCAAGAUUAGUAUUGAAGGGGGCCUGGGUAGCUCAGUGAGUACUGACACUGACUACCAACCCUUGAGUCACGAGUUCGAAUCCAGGGCGUGCUGAGUGACUCCAGCCAGUUCUCCUAAGCAACCAAAUUGGCCCGGUUGCUUGGGAUAGAGUCACAUGGGGUAACCUCCUUGUGGUCGCGAUUAAGUGGUUCUCGCUCUCAAUGGGGCACGUAGUAAGUUGUACAUGGAUCGCGGAGAGUAGCAUGAGUCUCCACAUGCUGUGAGUCUCUGCGGUGUCAUGCACAGCAAGCCACGUGAUAAGAUGUGUGGAUUGACGGUCUCAGACUUUGAGGCAACUGAGAUUUGUCCUCUGCCACCUGGACUGAGGCGAGUCACUGCGCCACCACGAGGACUUAGAGCGCAUUGAGAAUUGAGCGUUCCAAAUUGGGGAGAAAAAAAAAAUAGUAGUGUAGAAUUAAGAAUAAUAGAAGAAUUAAGUUUGCAUUUGUCCAGAGGAAAAGUUGCUUCUAAGCCACAAAAAAUACUGUAAGAAUGUUGCAAAAGACAGCAUGCUAUUGCAUUGUAGAGGUUUUUUGCUAAUCAAGUGGAGACCACAACAGAUUUCCAUCAUUUUGUGCCGGGUAUCUCGAAUAGAAAUGUAAAUGUUUGGAUGUUCUUACCAAUGAUCAGAUAAAACUUAAUUGGACCUUAUUCAUGAAACAUGAGUGGAACAAAUUUGUGUGUAAAUGCAUUCCUAGGUAAAUUGUCCCUUUGAAUUGAAUCGGACAGUUUACAUUAGAAGCAUUUUACUAACUUUACACAAAGUUUUCUGCUUGUGUUUCAUGAAUAAGGCCUAAUGUGCAAAUGUCUAAAUAUGUUACAUUUUACUUGUUAACAGAAACCUGCAUUGAUGUAUCAUCAAACUUUGGACCUCUUUUCUUUAUUUUUUUUAUUCUCGCUGUGACCUAUUUUAAACCUGGACCUGAAACCUCUAAAUCACACACAAAAUACUGUAUAUAUUCACCUGUUUCCUGAUAAAUGCUAUGUAUACUUACUGCCUUAAAGAGAAAGAUUUCUCAAUAUCUAGAAAGUGUUUUCUUUUGUUCUUCGUAAGGUUGAAUGUACUUUCUCAAAUCUGCUUUUGUCUGCAUUUCUAAUAUUUACACAUUUCAAGUUUAACAUGUAAAUCCAUUUUAAAGGCAGUGGAUGUAGGUAUUGAACUGAGAAAUUGUCUCAAAUAAAUUGUUAACAUUUCAGUGAAAUACUGUCUGUUCAUUAUAUUUCCUUGUAGAUGGGAAUUGCACGUAAUGUUGAUGUUGCCAUAGCCUAUUUAAUCUCUCCCAAAAAUACAUAG